AUUCGAGCUCCAAUGAAAACAUAGUAUUCAAAAAACUACCGGGUUCGAGUCCGAAUGAAGACGGAGCUGGAGCGUAUGACUUCAAAAAAGUAAAUACAGACACAUUUCAACUGUCCCGCGGAAGCCCAAUCUCACCUCCCUCCAGAUCUUUCCUCCCCCGACUCAACGAGGAGUAAUCAUGUCAGAUGCUCUGAUCAGUGGCCUAGCCGGAGCCGGCGGCGGCAUGAUCGCUCAGCUCAUCACUUAUCCGCUUCAAACUGUAAAUACGCGGCAGCAAACGCAGAGAGAAUUGAAGGAGGAGAAGAAGAAGCGGCUCAGUACUAUUGAGCAAAUGUGUCAGGUUGCUCGGCAAGAGGGGUGGGAUCGGCUAUAUGGCGGCUUGACACCCUCUCUGGUGGGAACGGCGGCUUCUCAGGGUGUCUAUUACUACUUCUAUCAAGUAUUUAGGAACAAAGCUGAAGCUUCUGCCCUUGAUCGUAAGAAGAGAGGGAUUGGUGAUGGUUCAGUGGGAAUGUUAUCAUCACUUGUAGUAGCUGCUCUAUCUGGGUGUGUAAACGUGCUGCUGACUAAUCCCAUAUGGGUAGUUGUCACCCGCAUGCAGACUCAUUCAAAAAAAUCCAAAAAUAGUUCAACCAGAGCUGCGACAACAGAGGGUGUGAUUCUUGCUGCUAUUGAACCUCCUCCUUACGGGACUACCCAUGCAAUAAAUGAAGUAUAUGAUGAAGCUGGAUUUUGGGGAUUUUGGAAAGGUGUUGUCCCGACGUUGAUCAUGGUCAGCAAUCCAUCCAUACAGUUUAUGCUGUAUGAGACCCUUUUGAAAAAGCUAAAAAAACGACGAGCCUCCAGCAAUAAAGCCUCUGAUGUCACUGCUUUGGAGAUAUUUUUGCUUGGAGCACUGGCAAAACUUGGAGCCACAGUCGUGACAUAUCCUCUUCUGGUUGUUAAGUCAAGACUUCAGGCAAAGCAAGUUAAUGGGGUUGAUAAAAGACAUCAAUAUAAAGGCACAUUCGAUGCCAUUGCGAAGAUGAUGACGCACGAAGGUUUUUAUGGGUUUUACAAUGGGAUGGGCACAAAAAUAGUUCAGAGUGUUCUAGCUGCUGCUGUGUUAUUCAUGGUGAAAGAAGAACUUGUCAGAGGUGCUAGACGCCUUUUAACUGGAGCUGCCGCUUCCAACUCUCUUUGACAAAUGAGAUUUACCUCUCCCCAACAACAGCCAUGCCAAUAUGGUAGGUACAUUUCUAUCUUUAAAGCUGGGCAGGAAUGCAUAUAUAUAUCUCUACAGAUUAUAGAUUCAUACACUUGUUAUUUAAGGGUAGAUAUUCAAGAUCAAAUCACUAGGGAUCUUUAAUCCCGACAUCAGACAAAGAUAAAAUUAUCGGUCCGCUUUAUAUUAGGAUUGUUUUAAUUUAUUGUAUUGUAACAAAGGAAAGGUGCAAUACUACAAUGAACUCAGUCUUGAUUUAUUGAACUUGGCAUGUAGAACAGUUGUUGUAGUACUCUAUGUUGACAUUUCAUCAUUUGCCAAUGGUCUCUUUCUUAGCUGGUU